UGAAUCCCUUCAAAACCUCUUCCCCUUCUCAUCUUAUCCUCCUCCUAAAAAUUGGUCAAAAUCUAUCCUAUCUCUUUGCAUAUUCUUUCUUAUCAUCAUCUUCUUCUCUCUUGCCUCCAGAAUUGAAAAGUUCUUCCUCUGCCCAUAGUCUUUGACACCCUUUUCCAAUCUCUAGUUUUUUUAUUUUCUUCCCUCUAUAAUUAUCUCCUUCACAAACCUUCUAUCCCUCAUAACAUCAAUUACCACAAACCCAAGCCUUGUACCUCUCAAAGUUUGAUUCUUUUCUCUUGCCCAAAGCGAUUUGGAUUGCUAUAAUUCUUGUUCGUACUACAUGUUAUGCAGUCAUGAAUGAUUGAGAGACAACACAAAUGUCUUCCCCAGUGAUCAGCGAGAUCCUCCUCUCUGGCUUCACCAUAAACUCUUCCCUAAGACGCAGGACACACUUGGUGCAAUCUUUCUCAGUUGUUUUCCUCCACUGGUUCUACGUUUUCUCAUGAACUAAAUUAACUGACCUCGUACAUAGGAGUAUAAACAUAGUACUCGUGUUCUUUUUUCAAUACUACAUCACAUUCAAAUCAUUAAAUCUAGCUAGCAAAUUAGAGUUAUUAUUUAUUAUCAUUGCACAAAUUAAAUAGCAUACUAGUACAUGGCUUCUCCUGGUGGAAGUGGGACCUAUUCAUCUGGUUCAAGUUCUCUUCAAAACUCUGGUUCUGAGGGAGACAGAGACAUCAUGGAACAGAGGAAGAGGAAGAGAAUGCUAUCCAAUAGGGAAUCGGCACGUAGAUCGAGGAUGAGGAAACAGCAGCACCUGGAAGGUCUCAGUGCCCAAUUGGAUCAGCUAAAAAAGGAGAACACCCAAAUGAACACAAACAUAGGCAUCAGCACGCAGCUGUACCUCAACGUGGAAGCUGAGAACGCGAUUCUGAGGGCUCAAAUGGAAGAACUGAGCAAGAGAUUGAACUCUCUGAACGAAAUGAUAAGUUUGAUUAACUCCACCACCACCACCAACAACUGCUUGAUGUUCGAUGAGGCACAGGAGACUACGACUCAGUUGUUCAAUGAUUGUGGCUUCAUGGAUGCUUGGAAUUACGGAAUACCACUCAAUCAACAAAUCAUGGCUUACGCUGACAAUGACAUGUUGAUGAUGUAUUGAUUGGUGAAAUUAAUUUUGAGUUGGAGUUUUUGUGAAUCCUGGUGCUAAUCCUUUGUAACACAACUACAACACGUGUUUGUUGUCUCUUGUUUUAAUUUGUUUUUUUGUUUUUGUUUUUCUUGUAAUAAGUAAUGUCUAUUGUUUUCAGUUUAUGUUAUGUUUAGGGUUGUCUUUGUGUAUUUUAAGAGGGGUUAUUUUUUCUUCUCGAAAAUGUAAAAAAUCGAGCUUUUAUUUUCCAUGUAGUAGUAUAUGUGAUUUUCGUGAAUUUCCACUCA